AUGCAACACGAACCGCCAAAACGUGGUCUCUUCCAGGCCCCUGGGUCAUUCCUUUAUGGUGGAGACCUCAGGUCUUACAGCGCAAGUCCAGCUCCGCUAGAAUUGCGCAGCACAGAGUCUGGGGGUGCAGAUCCGUGCGGCGUGAGCGGCGUGACAGAACGGUCUGAGGUUGCUGUUGCAUCUGCUGUGCCUUUGGCAGCGCAUGAGAACUGGAUGUUGGGAGUCAGUCGGGAGUCCACCUUGGUCGUGCUCGUGCGGGCCCAAAUUGUGGCAAUUCGUGGUGAGGUUUUGGAAGCCUUACAGAAGGCUUCAGAGGAUCGAAUAUGGGCUGGAGCACCUCAGCAUUUGUUGGACAUCGCAGAGAUCCAAUUCGCCCAGAAGGUGGACGACAUGCUGAAGCGCAUGACAGAGGCGUCGGCUGGAAUGAAAGCCGAUCGAUUUGUACUGAUGGGGCACAGUCUGGGAGCAGUUGGCUGCCAGCUCUACCUUACUGGUUCCGGACAUGGCAAGUUUGAUGCUUUGAUCCUGACUGGCAGCACAAUACUUCGGCGCUAUCGGAACUCAAGUUUGCCGCCCACCUUGACCCUGGAUGGCGACUUGGACGGCCUCCUACGGGUGUCGCGCCAAGCGGAAGCCUACUUCCAUCAAGUGGAACGAGCCGGAGCCCAGGAGACCUUGGACCGUCCGGUGGUGAUUCUGGAGGGGCUCAAUCAUUGGAGCUUCAGCAGUGGCCCGUUGCCCUCGAACGUGGCUUCGCACGACUUGCGCGCGGAGGUGUCGACGGUCGAAGGGCACCAGCUCAUCGGAGAGGUGGUGUCAGACUACUUGGCCGCCACACUGGGUGGAUCUGUGAGCGGCAAGAGUCGAAUGGUGCAAGCAGUCCAGAGGACGGGAGAACUCCUUCAACCACUCCUGGAGGCCUUGAAGAUGGAGGGCUAUCGCCACUUGCAGCCUCCUUGCAACAGCGACUACCCGACGAAUCCCACAUGCCAAUAUCCCAAGUAUCCAGACAAAUCACUCUUGCCGCCGGCUGGGCCACCUCGGCCAUUGCCACCACCCGAUUGCACCUGUGGAAGCCAAUGGGUGGAGGGUGCUGCCGCUAUGGUGGCUGGCUUGAGUAAUGACGUCACUCUCACACUGAAGGAUGCCUUUCACGAUGUCUCAGACGUGCGGCCUUUCCACUUGCCACAUAUUUUUCAUCCGACGCCUGGGACUGCCUGCACGAAGCCCGAGGGGUGCACGAUCAACGCGACCACAGUGACCAUGCCGGUCUAUGACUUGAAGGACGCGUUAGACGUCGGCCUGUGGCCCAUCACAGCCAGUGAGCUUCGGAGCAAGUUCAAGUCUCGGCAGGCCAUGCAAGAGGCGGCUGGAAUGCAAGAUGUGAACUUUACGGAGACAGAUGGAUCAAAUCCGCGCAUUUGUCAGUCGAUUAACAGAGCAGCCUACGAGUGGGCCUUGCAAAAGGCUUCUCCAAAGGUGCGUGCGCGUUUCCAGCAGCAUGGCCAAUUGCUGUCCUUCGCGGAGGAUCUGAAGUCGGGCUUCGGCUUGAUGGGUCCCACCUGGAUCCAUGACGCCUUAAGCUUCACCGUCAGCGAGGACAAGAAGAUGGUCACUGUGCAGUCGCACUACUUCCCGACGCCCAACAAGAAGCUCGGGGAUGUGCCCUUCAUCGAGACGGUGGGCUACCAUUACUGCAAGCUCUUGUCGCCCGCCAGGGCCAUGGAGUGGAUCUAUGUCGAUUCUUUGAAGGAGUUUUAUGGCACAAAGAAUGCCACAGUCACAGAAAUUCUGGUGUGA